CAAUGCAAUGCUCUCCGGGCUUAGAAUGGGACUCGGGAGCGCGUUUUGCGAGCAGACGAAACAGCCAGUAAUAUUGGUCUGCUCAAGAGCCGUGUGAAGGAACCGCUGUUGUAACACCGGAGGCUGGGCGAGAUGUCGGGCAUGCUGAGCACAACGCUGAGUGGCCUCAACAGCGACUCGUACUGCGAGUUCAGCAUGUAUCGGGACCAGCACUUCCAAGGAAGUCGUUACCUGCAAGAAAAAUCCCUGAAAAACUCCUGCACAAUUUAUGUGGGCAAUCUCUCUUUCUACACCACAGAGGAACAAAUUCAUGAGCUCUUCUCCAAGUGUGGGGAUGUCAAGCGCAUAGUCAUGGGGCUAGACAAAGUGAAGAAAACCCCCUGUGGCUUCUGCUUUGUGGAAUACUACACAAGACCAGAAGCAGAGCAUUCUAUGCGGUUCAUCAAUGGAACCCGUCUGGACGACCGCAUCAUCCGAACAGACUGGGAUGCUGGGUUUAAGGAAGGGCGGCAGUAUGGCCGUGGGAAAACAGGUGGCCAGGUACGAGAUGAGUACCGAACAGACUACGAUGUGGGCAGAGGUGGCUUUGGCAAGAUUAUUCAGCAGCAGAAGAUGAAUCAGCAGUCAGUGAUCUACUAAUGGCUUAUUGGAUUGGGUAAAGAUAAUAAUAGUGA